AUAGUAUUACAUACAAAUAAUAUAUAUCUCUAUCUCAAUAUAUUCGACACUAUCCAACCCAAUCCACUUCCUAAUUUAUUUGUCUCUCCUAUUCCGAUCAGAUUCACUUUUUUAUUUCCUCCAAAUGAUCCCCGCCGUUUGCCUUUUCGAAAUCUCCGUCAACCACCUUCGCCGGAGAUGUUCCUUCCUUUUUUGGUAACUCACUUUCGUUCUCAAAUCUUUCUUCGCAAACGUCACAAAAAAUUAACUUUCCAUUUUUAGUAACUUUACUUUACUCAACUUGUUCAUUUUGAUUUAUCCUUUUUAUAUAUAUUGUUCAGUCUAUAUAUAUUAUAUAAUAUAAUAUAUACAUAAAUAUCAUCUAGCAAACUAAGAUGAGUUUGGGAGUGGCUGAAGAUGAUUCUGGGACAGAUAUUCAUCUCCCAGCUGAUAUAGACUGGGAGAUGCUUGAUAAGUCCAAGUUUUUUUUCUUAGGUGCUGCUUUAUUUUCGGGCGUGUCGGGUACACUGUACCCGACAGUCGUGUUAAAAACACGACAACAAGUACUUGUAAAAGACACCCCAUGUUACAAAAUGGCGGUGUCGAUAUUACAAAGGGAUGGUUUAAGAGGUUUUUAUAGAGGAUUUGGGACAUCAUUAAUGGGUACAAUUCCAGCUAGAGCACUUUACAUGGGUGCACUUGAAAUGACUAAAAGUAAUGUUGGUUGUGCUACUUUAAAAAUGGGCUUUUCUGAUGGAAAAGCGGCUGCGAUUGCGAACGGUGUGGCUGGGGUAAGUGCAGCCAUGGCUGCACAAUUGGUUUGGACACCAAUUGAUGUUAUUAGCCAAAGAUUAAUGGUUCAAGGUGGAAUUAGUGGUUUUAAGUACAAUGGUGGAAUAGAUGCUUUUAAAAAGAUUGUGCAUAUGGAUGGUAUUAGAGGUUUGUAUAGAGGAUUUGGGAUUUCUAUAUUGACAUAUGCACCAUCAAACGCGGUAUGGUGGGCGUCUUAUUCCAUGGCUCAUCGCGCGAUUUGGGAUGGGAUUGGUUGUCAUUUGAAAAAAGAUGGCAAUGGGAAUAAUGGGAAUGGGUUUAGGCCCGACUGUAAGGCAGUCGUGGCGGUUCAAGGAGUGAGUGCCGUGAUGGCUAGUGGGGUUUCGGCAUUGGUGACAAUGCCAUUAGAUACAAUUAAAACAAGGCUUCAAGUUUUAGAUGGAGAAGGGAAGGCAAGUGUAGGGCAAACAAUUGGAAAGUUGAUGAAAGAAGGUGGAUUGAGUGCUUGUUAUAGAGGAUUGGGGCCAAGAUGGGUCUCAAUGUCAAUGUCUGCAACUACAAUGAUCACCACCUAUGAGUAUCUCAAGAAAUUAUCAACUAAAAAUCAAGAUUCUUAUGGUUCCCUUCAAUGAAAUCUACCAACAAUAUGAUCAAGUCAAUGAAAUCUUCAAACUUAUUACACUUUUUUUCUAUUAAGUACUCGGUAUGUUAUAGAAUAAGACUAGUCUUUUUAAAAGAGAAGUGUUAAUUAAGUUCGAUGAUAACAUUUAUUAUUCUAUAGAUACAAAAUUACAAAUAUCUUGAAAGCACUAGUUUUGGUUUAUUAUAUAAUCCACUGUAUGCAAGUUGGUAUAAUGUAAUGCAAGGAAGUUGUACAUA